AUGACAUCUACAAUAAAAAAACCUAGAUUAUGGCGGAUACGAAAAAAUAAAAGAGUAAGCUUAAAAGCUAAAAAAUGUCUAGAAACCUGCAUGUCAAAAUUUAACUGUAGAGUAUUUGCCAGGAAUUGUGCCUGUGGCAAGAAAGCAUUCGAUGAUGCUAUAAGACCCGUAAAUUUCCGUGUAAAGGGUGUUUUUGUUACAAUAAGUUUAAUUUGUAGAAAUGCUGCAUCUAUUAGAACUAUUUUGACUCGUUAA